UUGUAUAACUAAUUAAGUUUCGAUGCGAAAAAUGGCUGAACUUUUCCGGUCCAGGUAAUGUAUGGCAGAUCCGCUCGCGCAAGUUGACGGCUCAUACUUCUCUGGAUAUUGCGUGCCGGUGUUUCUCAAUCAUUUUCUUUUCUAUUUUAAUUUUACAUUAUGCUUUCAGUGUCUCUCAACAGUUCGCUUUGUUUAACUGUCCCCAUUUUUAUAAUCAUCUCUUCCUUCAACCUUUUUCAUGUCCUCUCUCUCCCUCUCUUUCACGCCAUUUUUUUCUUUGCUCACAAUUUUCUACAUGCCCAGAUACAAUAUUUUCCCCCUAAAUUGUUAAUUUUUCUGGGAAUGUUUUUCUUGCAUCUAAUCUCAGUAAAGAUCGGUAUUCGGAGUUGAAAGGUUUGUACUUUUCUGUUUCUGGGUGAUUUUAGGGAGAUGGGUACUUUCAUUGAUCAAUUAAGAAGCUGAAAAUUCUGCUGGCUUUGGUGGUGGCCCCAAAAGAAACGAAAAAAUGAAGGAUUUUGCUGGGACACCAGGGACAUUGACUGCUCUUGUUCUGAGGAUUUCACAAUGCAUUUUUGCAGCUGGCUCAAUUGCGGCCAUGGCCACCACGUCCACCUUCUUCAAUUUCACUGCUUUCUGCUACCUUGUAGCUUCAAUGGGUUUGCAAGUCAUAUGGAGCUUUGGACUUGCAUUAUUAGAUGCAUAUUCCUUGGUCCAAAGGAAGGUUCUCAACAAUUCUAUUUUGGUCAGCCUUUUCGUAGUGGGAGAUUGGGUAACAGCAACGUUGUCUCUUGCAGCAGCUUCUGCCUCUGCAGGCAUCACAGUGCUCCUGUUUCAAGAUGUGGAACACUGUAGUUAUUUGAAGGAAUGUGAAAAGUACCAAAUAUCAGUUGCAUUGGCCUUUUUGAGCUGGGGAGCUAUUGCAAUAUCAUCUCUAAUUAUGCUAUGGCUACUGGCUGCAGGUUAGACUAUUUGGUCUAAUGGCCUUGAUAUAGAAAUUUUCAUCAUUCUCCAGUGUCAAUACCAAAAAAAAAAAGGAAAAACAGUAUUCAAAUUGGUUUACACUUUUUCCUAUUUAGUAAAAGCUAAUUAUAUCCAUUUCAUGAUACUCCCAUAACAUUAUAACAUGCGUCUGGAACUGUGGAUAUGCUUAAAUGAAAAGGACUGAGCACAUUUCUUUUUCCUCUCA